UAUUUUCCCCAUACACCCCGUCCCCAUUUUUAAACAAGUUUAUAAUAGAAGAAAUUAAAAUACACACAAACCUAAUUUUAAAGAAAAAGACUUGAUUUUAUAGCAACGGAUAAAAGGAAACAAAAUGUCUAAAGUACCAUUUCCCCAAAUGAAAAAACAGGAACCGGAAAUUCCUGAAUUUAAUUCCGUGGUAAUACAAUUAAAACAAGCCUCUGCUGGGGCAGCCUCAGGUUUUAUAACUCGCUUUCUAACACAACCAUUCGAUGUACUGAAGAUACGUUUUCAAUUGCAAGUGGAACCGGUAUGUAGUCGUACGCCUCUCCUAGCGAAUGGUGCAAAACAAAUGCCUCCAACCUCCAAAUACACAUCGAUGAUGCAAGCCUCCCGUUUGAUCUACAAAGAAGAGGGACUUAUGGCCUUUUGGAAGGGACACAAUGCUGGACAAUUAUUGACCAUUAUCUAUACGGUUUUUCAAUUUUGGUCUUACGAACAAAUUGACUUAAAACUGCGCCACUAUGAGAAUUUGCGCGAGCGCAAACAUUUAAGAAAAUUUCUUAGCGGCGGUUUGGCUGGCUGUGUGGGAACUACCAUCUCUAUGCCGUUUGAUGUCAUAAGGACUCGUGUCAUCGGCCAGGAUCCUCAUCUUAAGGAAACAAGUAUUUUUAAAUUAGUUCCUAGCAUCAUUGAAAAAGAAGGUUUCUAUGGCAUUUUCCGUGGUCUGGGCACCACUCUCAUACAAAUCGGUCCACUCAUCGGUUUCAAUUUUAUGUUCUAUCACCAACUGAACGAUAUUUACAAAAAUGUGGUCAGCACUGAUCACCACCAACCACCUGUCUUGUGGGGACUUGUGAAUGGCUGUAUGGCAGGUGUUAUUUCCAAGGUGGUGGUUUAUCCUCUAGACUUCAUUAAGAAACGCUUGCAGCUGCAGGGUUUCCAGGAAUCACGCAAAACCUUUGGCCGCAAUCAGAAAUGUUCCAACAUUAAGGAGUGUGUUCGUGUUACCUUGCGGGAGGAAGGUGUUAUGGGUUUCUAUAAGGGCAUGUAUCCGACAUUGUUUAAGAGCGGCCUGACGACUGCUUUAUACUUUAGUUUCUAUGACAUUUUCAAGGAGCUAUGGGUACCCGAAGUCAGUGAUGAUUAAGUAUGGACAAAAAUAGAUUUUAAGUUGAAAUAUUUCCUUGAUUUUUUAAAAAAACAAAGCAAAAGAAAACUACAAAAGUAAUAACGAAUGAUGCUCAAAUAUUUAAAUCUUUGAUUAAGUAAUAAAAUUAA